CAGAAAGAGAGAGGGAUUGGGAUACGAGCUGCCAGAAAAGAGAAACAAAAAGAGAGCAUAGAAAAAUAGAAAACUGAUCCCACCACAUAAUACAUGCCCUACUCAGAUCCAUUGCUCUUUAUCAUCAUCUUCAUCAUCUUCUAAAUGCUUAAUUGGUUAAUAAGAAUCAAUAACAAUCCCAAUGGCCAAUGACAGUGACUUCCUUCGUUCUUCCGACUCAUCCAUCUCCUUCCUUGAUGUCUUCAAUGACACAGAGAUCAAAGAUGAGAUCAAUGUCCUGUUCUCGAACAGCACUGUUGAGGAUCCCAGCGUUGUGAGUAACAACGCCACCACAGCCAUUGGGGCCCUCAUCCUGGGCCUGGUCUUCCUCCUCGGCGUUCCAGGGAACCUCUUCAUCAUCUGGAGUAUCCUGGCCCGUGCCCGCCGACGCUCCGUCACCACCAUCCUCAUCCUCAACCUGGCGUGCGCCGACGGCUCCCUCAUGUGCCUCACCAUCUUCUUCAUCAUCUAUUUGGCUAGGCGGAACUGGGACUUUGGCACCUACAUGUGCAAGGGGGUGUUUUACCUGUGCAACACGAACAUGUAUGCCUCCAUCUUCCUCAUCACGCUGAUGAGCCUGCACAGGCUGGUGGCAGUGGUUUGGCCCCAGCGGGUAGCGGCCCUGGCCAGCAAGAAGAUGGUAGUGCGGGCAAUAGUUGUGCUCUGGGUCCUGGUGUUCUUCAUGGCUAUCCCAGCUCUGGUGUUCAGGGAGCAGAGGGAUGAUCGUAACGAACAGAACAAAACCCAACGGGUUUGUGCCUCAGAUCACAGAAUGCCUCAACAUUUGGUGUUCCAGUACACCUUUGAGACUGUAGUGGGAUUCCUGGUUCCGUACGGGAUUAUAGUGAGCAGCUACGUCUGCAUCCUGAGACGCCUCAGACAGACCAAAUUCCAUCGCAAGGUCCGCAGUGAGAAUCUCAUCCUGGCCAUCGUUGUGAUGUUUGCCAUCUUCUGGUUGCCCUAUCACGUCAUCAACAUAAUACAGGUUGUGGCUGAGCAUUUGAAAGACGAUUCAGCAACAAAAAAGAGACUAUAUAUAAUAUGGCAGUCCAGUCGUGCUGUGACCUCCGCUCUGGCCUUCAUCAGCAGCUGUGCCAACCCUAUUCUCUACACAUUCGCUGGGAAGUCCUACAUCAGAGAGAACGGCAUGGCCUUCAUGGCUCGCCUCUUUGAAGGGACAUCUCUGGACACUGGGAUAAGGAAGGGCCAGCAGACAACCAGGGACAGGGAGGGAAAAAGACUCAAAGAGACAUUGUCUUUCAGCAGCACUGGGGGCAAUGCUAUGAUGAAAUGAAAAUAGACACUCAUAUGCAGGGUUGCACUGCACAUGAUAUCCACUCAUCAUGACGAUGCACUCCUGCACACAGACUUCUUAAAAAAAAUGUGUAUUGCUAUAUAGAUCUGCUCCUCUACUUGCAUAUGGGACCAUCUGAAACAAUCCCUACAAUAUCCAGUGCACCUCAUGUGAGACACAAGUUUCUCACUAGACCCAACUUCUCUGCCACAAUUCUUUUGUAAAUGUGUUUGUCAAAUGUGCCUUUUUUACUUUAAUUCAGUGUUUGUGCCGCUUGAAUGUUUGUUGAAUUGCACACAGGCAUUCAACACCCUGCGUUGACAGCCACACACCCAACAACCACAGCACUAGCACACAAACACAUAUUCUCAACCCCUGCCCCAUGGAGAGCAUCACUCCAGACACCACACAGCCAGAGCAGCACACAGCCGGAGCAGCACACAGCCAGACACCACACAGCCAGACACCACACAGCGAGACCAGCACACAUCCAGAGCACCACACAGCCAGAGCAGCACACAGCCAGACAUCACCCAGCCAGACACCACCCAGCCAGAGCAGCACACAGCCAGAGCAACACACAGCCAGACAUCACCCAGCCAGACACCACCCAGCCAGAGCAGCGCACAGCCAGAGCAGCACACAGCCAGAGCAGCACACAGCCAGAGCAGCACACAGCCGGAGCACCACACAGCCGGAGCACCACACAGCCGGAGCACCACACAGCCGGAGCAGCACACAGCCAGAGCACCACACAGCUGGAGCACCACACAGCUGGAGCACCACACAACCGGAGCACCACACAGCCAGACACCACACAGCCAGAGCAGCACACAGUGAGAGCUGACAACAUUGUCAUCCUGUGUGACUCCAACGACAAAUAUCUUGAUGGAAGACGGUUUUUCCCAAAGAGAGGAUCAGAGCAGAGACUGAGACCACCGACUCACAUAAUCAUUCACACAGGGACGAAAAAUCUCUGCAAGCAGGGUGGAUGUAACCAAGGCUCUGACCAAGAUGUUUUAUUUUUCAUUUUUUUUACUUCAGUUUAAUUUAGUAAAUACUAAAUUGUUGGUUAAGAACUUGUAAGUAAGCAUUUCACUGUAAGGUCUACAGCUGUUGUAUUCGGUCCAUCUGACAAAUAAAAUGUGAUUUGAUUUGA